UUUCUUAAAGUAUUCUUUGUUGUAGCUGCCGCUAGGUGUCUCUGUCCAGUGUUUACAAUAUAUUGGAACAUGUUUUAACUUAUUUCCAUUUUCUUGCGAUGAAAAUAUUAGAUUUGCAGUUUAUUUAAUGAAACAUAAAAGAAAAUGGGACCAAAAGAAAGACUUAAUCAAGAGGAUAUAAAAAUAGUACGUCAGGCAAACCUCUUACUGGAACAGCUGAAUGCUGGCAGUAGUCUGGGUUGUGUGGAGGACAUCAACGCAGCAGUAUAUGUCACUCUGUUUGAGGGUCUGUGUGGAGAAAAGUUACAUGGUGUGAUUCAGAAACCAAUCAGUAGAGAGGAUGAAAUACAAAAUAUACAGUUGGUGAUAGACAUUUUAUCUCGAGAUAUUCUACAUACCUCACUAGCACACAUCACAGGGCGAGAGGUUGUCGAUGGAAACCGUGAGUCCAUUUGGAAUCUGCUGGAGAUAUUUGGUGGACUGCUGGAAUACAUCCUCAAUAAAAUUGACAGUGAUGCUUCAACAGAUGGAGAAGGUGAUCUGGAUGAACUGGAGGAUGAUCCGGAUGCUGUAGAGCCAGAUGUGAUUGACCGGAUCCUGGAACGGGAGCUACAGCGUAACUACAGCCUGGAGGGGAGUCCUGAUCGACUCACCCCUAAAGCCAGCCCCAUCAGACGCAGGUCUCCCAUUAGGUCCCCAGAGCGAGGGAGAACAUUGUUCAGUCCCUCCAAACUUCCACAAAACAGUGAGCCAUCUCCUAAGAAAUCUCUAAGUGAGACUGAUGAUUUGAUUGCUGCAGUGAAUGGUAAUUCUGCUGGAGUUAAAGAAACCACGGCCAGCACAGACCAGAAUUCUACAAAUGAACUCAUCAAAGAGGGAGAAAACUUGCAGAAAGAGCUUCUAUCUGACAGAUACAAGCCAAUGAAAACAGCAGCAGAGAUUAGAGAGGACCUCGCCAGACACAGAAGAGAACUGGGACUCACCAGGGACCCCUUCUCUGACCUAGUACCAGUGCCAGCCACCAGUGACAAAAGACAGAGUAACCUAAAAACCGGUGAUGUCAAAGGAGAAGAGUCGUACAAGAGUCUGAAGGACAUGGUGGAGUCGACUGCAGCGAUGGCGGAAGAAGCCGUCAACUGUAGUCCGAAUCGAGCGCGGACAAUUUUACGGAGCAUGGAGAGCGAUUACAACAUCGAGCAGUUCCGAAGUACUUAUCCCAGUCCUAAGAAAACUCAGAACAAAAGUCCCCCUAGGAAAACAAAGAGUCCGGCCCGGAACUCGGACGACGAUUUCUUUUCAGACUCGGAGCUGAAUCCAAGUAAUGCCAAGAGGAAGGUCUCGUUUUUAGUGGAGAGAUCCACCACCUCUGAAUCCAGCCCCAGCUUCCUUAGAUCCGCCCCCAGAUACAAGCCAAAGACUAAGACAGCAUGGACAGAAAAAACUGAGGGGACAAAGAAACCUGGCCGCCCCCGACAGGACAACACCCAGAGGAGGGGCACCUCAGGGGACAGCAGUCUGUUUGACUUUGAGAAAAAUCCUGCCAAUUUCUCCUAUGAUGAAUAUUUGAAAAAACAGUUUCAUGAAAUCAUUGAUGAUGUAUUAAGUAUAGACGAGGCUAUGCCACCCAGAUUUAGGUCGCGUAACGAUCAGCAGAAACACCACAUCAGUAAACUCGGCAGCAAAUCCAAGGGAAAUUACUCCAUAUCCGACACACAGAAACUGCUGAAAAAUGAAAAAGAUGUCAACAAACGCAAAGUGGAUUUUCUGCAGCGAAUAUACCAGGAAGAUUUAGAUGAACUACAGAACGAAGCAGAGUAUGGUUUGAGUAAAGAUAGGAAGGAUGCUAGACAAGUGGAAGAUGAAUACAAGAAGAAGGUACUCACAGGUGCAAAGACGAGUACAAAGCCCAAGGAAACAGGAAUGAAAAAGAAAACCCCCAUUCACAAGCACAGUGUGUGUAGUAAAGCCAAGAGGAAAUCACCAAGUGGAGUCACGGCAGUACCUAAACAAAAAUUGACCAUCAAAGAUGACGAAGACAUCUUGCCAAUUCUGCUAAAGGAGUUCCCCCAUCUUCACCUGUCCCUCCACACCUGGCAUGAAUUGUGGAGGAAGGGGAUUCACCAGAUAGAGCAGGUCACACGGGCCAAUCAGGAAGUCCGGCGGAAGAAGAGUAAAGCAAAGUCAGAGUUAGAGGAAGCUGAGAAACGUCAUGAAAUCAUGGUUAACAUAAUGAAGAAGGAAAUAGAACAUGGCCAACGUAUGAAAGAAAUCAAAGAGAGGCAUAAGCAGACGGUGACAGCAAAGAACAUGAUUCAGGAGAAGCGAGCACAGUCUGCUCGAUCACGUAAAUACUACGACGACUACCAGGUCAGGAUGAGGUCAAAGAUGCUCAAGAGACGCACAAAGGAGGAAAUGAUUUUCCGCAAACUGUUCAAGGAUGGCUUAGACAUUCAGAAGGAUCGAGUGCGAGAGCUGAAGAAAUACGCGAAGGAGCAGAGGGACACUCAAGCCAGUACUCAGCGGAACGAGAUAGAGUCCAUGGAGAACUAUUAUCGGGAUCAGUUUGAGAUGUUAGCAGAAUCCAUCACGAAGGAGAGGAAAGAGAUCUUGGUCCGCGAAAAAGCUCAACAAAAGGUACUUGGACAAAUGAAGAAAGAGUUACGUCACAAGAUGGAGUCGGAGAUUCGACUGUUACAGGACCAGCUGGUUCGGGACGAUGAUGACGCUUACUUCCGACAGCUGGAUGCCGACCGCGUCAUCCACAACUUACAGCUCGCCAAAUACCACGCCAACAACGUCUAGCGCUAGAGCCACUACAGAGAUAGCCGACCUCGGACAAUCUACUGUACAAAGCCACUGUGAUAUUUUAUGAAGGAUUUCUUAAUAGUGACUAGUGAGGAAGACAAAAUUAAAAAAAACCCAGUAGAUUGUUUCUUCAAAUUAUAAACUUGUACAUAUGGACUUUUAAACUGCAUGUGGACAUGUUUGUUUUCUUUUAGAUAUUCCUGCUUUAUGUUAGACGCAUACUAUAAGAGACUGACUAUGUAAAUUUAUAUGAAGGUGCACUCCAAAUGACAUCAAAGUUCAUAUAUAGUACCUUGGGAAUCUCUUUAUUAUUUAUUAGGUAUUUUCAGUCAUUUGUGAUGAUAAAAACUUUCCAUUCAUUAGUUACAUAUUUAAUGCAUUUUCAACAAACUUUUUCAAGUUAAAUAAAUAUGUUUAAUUUGUACUAAAAUGUAUUGUCAUUUUAAAGUUUUGUAUAUUUGUAGCUUGUACUACAUGUAAAUAAUCAAUGCACUGUCAUUUCAAAGGUUUAUUUUUUGUUUCCAGGAAAGUUCAUUUUUUCUCUGAAACCAAUUUAUUUUGGAGAUUUACUGUUCCUAUAUAAUAUUAGCUAUCCAGGUUCACUCAAGGAUGUACAGGGAUUUACCCAGAGUUGUAUACCAACACCCUGAGGUCGAAGGGUACAUGUAUAUGGAAGGAAUACAAAAGUUAUUAAAUCAUGGUCAAGAUUUAUUUUGAACUUCUAGCCUUCAUGCCAUGUGUUAAUAAAAUUAAAUGACUGUAUGAAUGUUAAACAUGUAUUUUUAAAAUUCAGUUUCAUUUUAAAAAGAAUUUUUUGUUGUACAUAGAUUUGGCAAAAUGUUUCGCAUUCCUUUAGAGCUUCAACUUCUGAGAAUUAAAUCUAAGCUUGGAAGUAAUUUAUGACAUUGUUACAAUGUAAUUGUAUUAACUUUAUGUACAUAUUAAAUGUAUGCUAGCAGUCUGGACUUGGUCUAGCAUGUUUAAGUUAUUAAAAUUUGAGUCAGAA